CCCAUCUCAUUGGUACAGUCUUGUUUACCUGGGGCUAUCCUGAUCCAUUACUGUUUGGUUUCCAUGCGAUGCGCGCGGCGGCGGCGGCAUGUAAAAAGGCUCAACGACUUGGAGCACCUCUUCUGUCCAGUCCUCAGGACCACAAGUACGACAGGUGACCGGCCACAACACCGGAGACUCACCCACAGGACAUUUUAUCAACCGGAGCAAGCCAACUUCAAAGAUAACCAAGCUGCAAGUGCUGCAUAUUUUUACACAGCCAGACCACAACAUAUCUAAACAAAAAUAACAGUAACAACCCCCAAAAAAUUCUGCCAAUUUCUGUGCUGUAAAAUGUUGUCAUAGCAACGGACAACAGAAUGCAGGAGAGAUCGCGGUCCCCUAGCGAGGAUGGCGGAGAGUGGGCUUGGGAGCGGUGACGAGACGGCCGCUGAUCCUGUUGCCUGGCACUACCAUGACACACCACAUACACAAGGACUCGAAAACGCGGGACUGCCGAAACAAGCGGAACCCCUCGCCGCAUCUCGCGAGGAUUCAUUCAUCAGUAUAGAAAUCACAGCCAAGAACAAAGACAUGCAGGAGAGUGAGAUCUCCCAGCCUGGCGACGAUGUAGAGAAACUCAAAGUAGCCGAACCUCAGGGAGGGACCGACUCGGGGUUCCACGAAAGCACAAAGGGCGGCAUGAAGAAUGAGAAGACGCUCGCACCACCGCCAACGUCCCACAAGAAGCGCAAGCCCGGAAAGAAAAGCAUCUACUUCUCUUACUCCCCUGAUGCCGCGUAUCUGGAGAAGAAGUUUGUCGUUGAAACCGUCCGGCAACUGAAGGAGAAUAAUCUAGCGGAAGAUAUUUGGUUCGACAAGGAUGAGAAAACUAUUGAUUCCCCUACAUGGUUCACGCAGCGUCUAGAGGCGGUGGAGAAAUGCCGCGCUGCAAUCCUCAUCCUAUCAGACAGCUACUUCCAGAGCGCCAUGUCUCUGUAUGAAGGCAAGGUUCUGCUGGAAAGAACGGUAUCUGCGUCAAAACCACCACAACUGUUUCUUGUCUUGUACAGCCCCACAGACAUACCGCCACAGUAUGCACCCUUCCUGGAUGACAUUGUGGACCUAACGUCAGGGAAAAUCGCAAAGAGCAGCCUCGCUGAAAAAAGCUCCAUGGUAGUCGGCUCUCUCAGCGUCUUUUUGGAGAAAUUAUCCACAGCAAUGGUCCCAGCAUUGCCCCCGUUGGUGUCCGAGACGGAAUUCACGGGUCAGUAUAAGAAAACAAAACUCCGCCAAUGGACGGUAAACGACGUGCAGGAGUGGCUAGCGGGGAUGAGGGUACGGGAAUUUUUCUGCCAGGCCUUCGCGGAGAACGGGAUCGAUGGGUUCCUCCUGAUGGCGCUCACGGAGCAGGACAUGGUAUCCUUCCUCAGCAUAGAGAGCCGUAUCGUGCGGAAGAAGAUUCUGUCGGAGAUGCUGCAGAUUCUGGACAAUGAGCAGAAGAUGCGCGAAGGUUGGCACCUCCGCGUGAGGUUGAAGCGGCCCCGCGUGGACACAGUGUACCUGGUGUACGACCCAGCUGACGUCAGACUAGCGCAGAACAUGAAGGCAGAUCUACUGAAGAAGAACAUACAAGUUGACACCCAUGACAAGCUCGGCCAGUCCAAGGAAGAGUUCCUGCAGAUCAACGCCCCGCGGAUCGCUGGCUGUAAGAACAUCCUCGUCCUUCUGACUGAAGCGGCCGCCACGUCGCCUUUCGUGUUUAACGAGGUCGCGUUUGCAGAGUGGCUGAACCGGACCAUAGUCACCGCUCUGUUCAAGAACAUGUGGUUCAAACUCAGACCUGCCAUGAAGGCCAUUCUGGGUGAGAACCCAGCCAUCGACUUUGAGACGAAGAUGUACGCAGACAGCAUGGACGUUCUGGAGCACCAGGUGCGGCCGCUCAGGAAGGUGUCAGGCAUCGUGCUGGAGCAGGCUUACCUCAACCGCAUGGCCGAGGGGCUCAAACCGCUACAAGUCCUGGCCGCUCCGCAAUCAGGUCAGAUCAUGUGGCCGCUAACCGAGUACCUGGAGCCGAAGGUGUUCAUCAGCUACCAGUGGGACACCCAGGCACGGGUGGACGACAUCCGCACCAUGCUGGAGGCUAGCGGGGUCACCUGCUGGGCUGACAUCAGCCCGGUAACGCGAGGUCACAGCAGCAUGAGCAGUCGCAACGCCGCCCUUCUAACCCGCCCGGAGACGUCUGGCGAGCCAAUCACCAGCCAGAUCCAACGGAACAUGCGCGCCUGCUCCGUGGUCAUUUGCUGCAUCACGCCCAAGUACAUCCAGUCCGACAACUGCAGCAAGGACCUCACGCUGGCCGAGACACUGUACAAACCCAUCAUCCCCAUCAUGCUGCGCUUCCUGCCCUGGCCGCCGGAGGGCGCUCCUACUGCCGUGCGGAAGAUCCUGGCCAGGCUGAGCACGGUGGACCUGAGCACGGACAAACUCUUCAAGCAGAACUUUUACCAGGUGCUGGAGAGAGUCAAGAAGCAUCUUCAGCCUGCCAAGUCAUGAGCAAUAUGCUAAAUGCUGCUCUUUAAUAGUAUCUUCACCAAGUGAAUUUGGUAGAAGUUGCAAGUUAAGAUUCCCAUUGUUGCAAAUGUGGAAGCAUGCGCCUCAUUUCAUAGAUGGGAAACCUAGAUGCUUGUAUUACAAUGGCCCAAGGUCAGCUAUUGUGACAAGAAAAAGAAAAAUAGGGAGGUAUAGAAUCUGAUGUAGAAUCAACUAUAAUAAUCAACCUUUGAGUAGACAAGGAGCAAGUCUUUUCCAUUUGUGCACAUUUUGAUUGUAUAUAACAGAUGACGAGCCAUGCUUUACUGUUUUGUUAAAUGUAUAACUUUUCAAAGGAGAUACCAAGGAGGUUUUAUUUCUUUUUAAAAAUCUCCUUGGAGAUAGUAAGUGCUACAUGCAUGCGUUGCAUACAAAUGCAUGUUUACUACAUUAUGACCUGCAGACAUGAUCUUUGUGUGAAAACCCUUGUCCUGCUGAGCCCGUUUAUAUACGGGAUGGACAUAUUUAACCCUUGCCAUGCUGAGCUGUAUUUUUAUGGAUUUCUCAUGUAAAAGUUGCAUACCAUGCACUGCAAAGCCCCUCAAAUGGGGUUACGUAGUAAAUCUGCAGCAGCAACACAGAACAGGUCAAGUUGCACUGAUCUGAUGAAGCCAUCAGCUUUGGGAGGUUAAAUUGGCCAAAAAAUUGCCAGAAGGACAAGGGUUAAGAUAGGUUGAUAUCAAAGUUAAUUGUUUAACCUAGAACUCAUUUGUUUCACGCACCUCUAUGUGUAAAUGUCUGAAACCAUUCCCCAGUAAGCUUUCAGAUAAGCUGUAAAGUUCUUGCCAUUCUCACAAUUUCUCAACAGUUGUUGUUCAGAGUUCAUGGAUUCCGAGUUUUAUGAGGCUUCAAAUGUAGUUGUCUAAAUACAAAAAGUGACAAUCUUUACAAAUGUACAUAAGGAACACCUAGCCACUUUCUGGUGGUCCCUUAUAUACAAGCAUGACACAAGUUUUAAGUAGUAAACCAGAAAGGUAGUUCUUACUGGCGAUCACAAAACUGCUAAUAGUAAGGAACUCUAUUUUUUUAUUGAAAAUUAUUAGCCAACAGCUUGCUGUUUUAUGAAUGCCAUGGGUAGUUUAAGAUUGCUUGCUCUUAAAAUUAAGUUUUUACAACAUUGCUCGGUUUCACAUGAAUGAGUUAAUUGACUAUCCCACUCUCAAACUGGGAAAAAUUGUAACUCAGUUGCAAGUACAGUCUGGACAGCAAAUGAGGUAGUAGAUUGUGUAGAGAAAGACAGAAAAACAAAGAUGGAUGUUCUAGAAGUUUAGUAAGGAUGGGUGUUUUUAAACAAAAUAUUUUUAUACAGAAAAUUGAUUGUCAAGGGGUGUAAAUAUUCCCAGCUAAAAUAAACUAAGGGCCACAGUUUUAUGUAAUGUAUCAUUCUUUCUCUCUCACUUGAUUAUAACUAAAGAAUUUACUACAAGGUGUUCGCUGUGCGAACGAAUUCAAAGUGACUUGUUUUGGAAUUGUUUUUGAAAGAGCUUUUUAAGAAUGACUAUCUUGUAUAUUAUCUAAAGUGGGAACUUUGUAAUAAAAGAUUUUAUUUCAAAGCA